UGUCUCGUGUAGAGUCUGACUGUUAUUUUUUCAGUUUUUCUCUGAAUAUACAUUAGUUAGCAACUAUCGACACUAUUUAUUUCCUUUUACGUGAAAUGAGCUAUCGAAAGCUGGUUUAGUUGGAUCGCAGUCGUGGUUUAAUAAGCAUGGAAAGGGGUAAGAUGUCGUCGGCUGGGAGAGGUGCCAAGAGUAAAGCGCCUCAACAUCCCCAGGAUAUCUUCGCGCUGGGCAGCAAGUCCACAGUGGUGGUGUCCAGCUCAGAAAAACGAAAUAUACAUAAACCAUCCACUAGCGGUGUGGAACGGAAGCGAGAGUCGUCAAGUUUUGGCAUUCAGCCUCCAACAAAGAGGUCUCGCAUCGGUUCACCAGCUGAAGCAGUAGGAGGCACCUCCCUUGAAGUAGAACCUGUGGACCUGGUACCCAAUGUACUGCAAGCCCUUGAUACCCACAAUUCUGACAAACUGCUUGGGCUCUUAACUGGCUCAAUCCGUCUACUCAAAUCGCAACGAUCAAAACCAGACCCUAUACUAUGUAUGAGUAUGCUCUACUUGACCAAGAUACGUCCAAACAUGUUUGCACACGAAACAGUGACGCAGACUCUCUGUACGUUACUCAAAAGGGAACAGGGAGCCGCUUUCAAGAGUAAAGGCAAUCCGCUGGUGUUUGUCCUGGCUUGUAAUAUGCUGUACGCUGGACACAAAGACAGUAUGAGUUGGCCAGAUACUUUUAUUAAGGUGUACAUAGAAGACGCACUGAACGAGCGCUGGUGGGUGGAGUGCUCGUGGUGCAAGUGUCUGGUGGACAACAUAGUGACAGCCUUCAACACCAAGGUGCCGCCGUCGCAUCUCAUACCUUCCGAUAACACUCUUGGAACUAUGUCGCCUUCAGGGUCGGGCUCCCCUCUCAUGGGAAGCACAGAGGAGGAAACCGACAACACAGAACUAGAGUACACCGUGUACCCCAGGUACUCCAGCAGUUAUGAAUACGUGGAGACCCUCGUGCUGGAAGCCAUCAAGGAGCAGAUCCAGCGGCGCGCCGCCCCCGACGCCAUCGGCAAGGGCUUCCUCAAGCUGCUCUCCGCAACCUGCGGUUUCCCCGAGAUCCGCAUAAUAUCGGCAUCCCGGCUGGAAGCGUGGCUGCACUCGGGCAAGCUGUGGCGCUGCGGGCAGGAGCUGCUGGCGUACGUGUGCUGCAACGCGGACGCGAGCGGGCCCUCCGCGGCGCGCGACCACGAGGUGCUGGCGCAGCUGGCUCGCAUGCGCCUCAAGACCAAGCCGCUGCAGGCCGCGUACCAGGCCUGCCUCAGAGAGAUGGUCUCGGAAAGCCCGGCACUCCUGCGCAGCGUGGUGACGCACACGAUCUACAACGAGCUGUCCAACGUGCGCUCGCCCAACAACAUGGCCGUGCUGUGCGCGCUCAUACAGGCGCAGCCGCAGCUAGUGCCAGCUGCCAUGGCGCAUACUUACCAGGAGCUGCUCCUCCGGCCCGAGGACUACCUGCGUCCGCUGCGCGCGCUGACCCGCGAGUGCGUGCGCGCAGCCCGCGCCGACGUGCAGGCGCUGCUGCCGCUGGCGAGGGCGCUGGCCACGCCGCCGCCGCACGAGCCGCCCGCCGAGGUCCGGGAGCGCGCCUUUUCGUCCCUGGCAGACCUGUUCUGCUGCUGCUGCCUGGUGACAGCAUCACACAGCAAGCACUUACCAGACUACAAGCAGCAGCUGUGCGUCAUCCAGGGUUGCGCCGUGGGCUGGCUGCUGGACACCGCCAUGCCCAUCUACAGGCCCACCAGGCAUGACUACCAGCACGCACUCAACAAGAUAAUGUUCGUGGAGGCGGCGGACGUAUACAGCAAGGUGGACAACUGGCCGCCGGAGUCGGAGCGUGCUGUCACCUACCGCCUGUGCUGCGAGGCGCCGCUGCCACAGAACACACUGCUACGGGUCAUCUUCAUCGGGCUGUCCAAGGACAUCCCAGUAGCUCCAGCUGAGGUAUUCGAGCUGGUGGAGCAACUGGUCCGCCGCGCAUGCGCACUGCCGCCGGAAGAGAACCCACUGCAAGUGGACAAGCUGGAGAUAGCAGAGUACAUCUUCCAGUUGUGCCAGUUCAACCCACCUGAUAAUAUCACCCUGCCGGCGGGAUACACGCCUCCGCCGCUGGCGAUCACGUCGCUGUAUUGGCGCGCGUGGAUCCUGCUGACGAUGAUCGCGGCACACAACCCUACGGGGUUCGCAGAGCGCGCCGCCGCCACCUAUCCUACUCUACGUGCGCUCAUUGAGACCUGUAUUACUGGCAAACCGAGCAUUGAAUGGGGCAGCUCAGUGACGGCGGAGGCGGAGCGCAGCGAGGCGGAACGCGCAGCUGUGCUGCAGCUGGAGACACACCUGGCCGCCGCCAGCACCAAGCAACCCAUCACCGAGCACAACUCGCGGUUGCUCAGCCAGCUAACAACCCUGGACCCGCUCGGGCCAGCCCGCAAGCCUCCCCAGCCAGUGAUAGAGACAGUGAUCCAGCUGUCGUCGGCGCUGCGCCUGGGCAAGCUGGCGUGCCGCUGCGCCGCGCUGCUGCUGCAGCUGGUGGAGCGCCACGGCACGCGCCGCGCCAUGCCCUGGCUGCACCACCUGCUCAAGCACGACCAGCUGCAACUCAGCGUGCUCCCGGUGCAGUGCCUGUGCGAGUUCCUGUCGGCGGGGGGCGGGGGCGGGGGCGGCGCGGGCGAGGCGGGCAAGGUGGGCGAGCUGUGCGCGCACCUGCGGCGCACCGUGGCGCACAGCCAGGACGGCGCGCGCGCCGUGCUGCACUACUACAUGCAGCGCCUGGCGCACGCGCACCAGCCCACACGCGCCAGCGCCGGACGGGGCUUAAAAUUGGUGUUGUCACAAACCAAUGAGGAAACUACAGAAAUGGAUUACAAUGCUGACGUGAGUCCGGAAGAGUGGUUGGACCUCCUCUGGGAGCUGCAGCACUGGGAGGCAGUCCGCGAGGAGGUAGUGCUGAGGAUCCGAGCGGCGUGUCUGGUGGAGUGUAUACCGUCGCACGUGGCCGCCUACGUGGCGUUCCUGGCGCGGCACGUGGCCGCCGCGCCCGACGCCGACCACACCGACGUCGUGCUGGACCUGAGCCAAGUCCUGAUGGAGCGCACGACAGUGAUGGGCUGGGUGCUGCCCCCCGCCGAGCUGCGCAGCCCCGCGCCCGAGCCGCGGCCGCAGCAGCACCGCACGCUGCAUGCGCUCACGCAGAUACUCUACCAACACAUGUACAAGCUCCGUUCGACAGGCGCCCCAGCGGAGCAGCCGCCGCCGGAGGGCGGGUGGGCGGCGGGCGAGCGCGUGUCCCUGCAGUGGGGCUCCGGCCGCCGCGUCACCAUACACGUCAUCGUGGCGCACGCGCACCUGAAGCUGCUCUGCUACGGACCAUCCAUGUACGAUACAGACCAGGAGAUGUACACAUGGCUACAGUCCAUCUGGGUGGGCAACGACGCGCCGCAGGCGUUUCUUCUAGAAUCUUCCGAAGAAGCCGUCCUACUACCGGACUGGUUGAGACUGCACCUCGUACGGAGCGCGAGGCCUCCGCUGCUGGAGGCAGGGCUUCGAGGACUGCCGGCUCACAAACUGGCUCUGUUCAUACAGACAUUUGGCAUGCCUGUCAGCUCCAUGAGCGCGCUGCUGGGCGCGCUGGACGCGUGCCCCGCGGGCGCGGUGGUGCGCCUGGGCGUGGAGCGCGCGUACAUGUCGCAGCUGCUGCGCGUGCAGCGCGCGCGCGGCGCCCGCGGCGGGGCCGCCUUCGCCGCCGCGCUGCGCCUGCAGCCGCCCGCCUACCCGCCCGACGACAACCUGUUCGAAGACACCCCGCUCCCUUCGGAGUCGGAGGACGCGUGGGACAACAUGCCUGCGCCGGCGCAGCUGUCAGCGGAGCAGGUCACCCCGCUGCUGCACACCGCCUUCAUCAACGGGAACACGUUCCAUGAUGAGGUCGACACUGCCUUCUCGCAACUUAUUGCUUCAAUAACAGAAGAAUCCAAGCUGGAGCCAGGGUCCCGCGAGCGGACUCCGUACACGGAGCGCGUGCUGUGCUUCCUGCAGUCCGCGGGCGGAGCCGUACCGUCUGGACUGCUCCGUCGCCCGCACCACGCCGCCACGCUGCUCAAGGCGCUGCUACCCACACCUGAUAUCAGGGUACCACAGAUCGCAGAGUCCCUCCUCCGCCAGUUCAAAUGCCUGUCAGGUCCCGUGGUGUCAGUGCUACGGUCGCUAGCGUCAGGCGAGGUGGUACGAACUAGUACGAUAGAGCUGCCCACGCUGCCGCAACCUGCUGUCAAGGAACAACUCAUUGCUGCUCUAGAGACAGCAACACCCAGCACGCUAGAAGCUCUGGGUAACCGAAUCAUAGAGACGCAAGACACACAGCUUAUUGUCGACGUCAUCUCACAUUUAUUAGAGAAAAACCAACAGGGACAUUACGAGAUCAAGAUAAAGUCGGAGAACUCGGAGGAGUCUUCGGAGCACGUGUUCGCGCGGCGCGGGCUGGGCUGCGGGCUGCUGCUGGACUGGCUGUCCGAGCUGCAGCGGGAGACGCUGGGGGUGCAGCCGCAGAGACAGAUGCGCCUAAUGUUCCGACCGGGGUGCGCAGCGUGGCGGCCGCUGCUCGUGACGUUGUUGGCGCACCGCGCCUCGUGGCGCACGCUGCACAACUGCCUCACUGCCUUGUUGCAGCCUGAUGGGGAAUGGGCGGCGAGCGCGGUGUUAGACUUCGCGGAGACGAUGAUCGGCAGCGGGCGUGUGUGGCAGGGCCGCGACAAGACCACGCCCAAACACUACACGCACGAGGACACGCUCCGGCUGACUCACCAACAGCUGGACGUGCUGAUCCGCUACGUGGUGGAGGAAGCCGAAGAGGCGGAGCGCGAGGGCGGCGUGGAGGCCAUGCGGCGCCGCAUCGAGGCGCGGCUGCCGCUGGUGCUGCGCUGCUGCGCCACGCCGCACGCGCUGCUGGCCGCCGCACUGGCUGCGGCGCGGGCGCACCCGCUGCUGCUGCUGCUGCUCUACAUGAAGGUUCCGAAGAUCCUGCAGCUCCUCAGAGAGUGCGAGGACCGCCCUCCGACGCGCGCCCUGCUGCAGUGCGACCCCGAGCUGGCCGAGGUGGCGGCGCGCUCCACCAGCGCCACGGACCGCGUGUCCCACACGCUGCUCACCGCUCUUGCUGCGGCCACGCAUGCUAACCAUAGCUCACACAAGGCGUGGCGCAUGGAGGGCGGCGUGCGCGCGGUGUGGGGCCGCGUGGCGGGCGCGGGCGGGCGCGCGCUGCCGCUGGCGGGCGCGCUGCUGCGGGGCGCGCGGCCGCAGCGCCACCACCACCACCACCACCACCACCACCACCUGCUGGCCGCCGUCGAGAUGCUGCCCGACGACAAGCUCUUCGCUGCCGACACGCUAGACGAAGUCCACAAGAUCCUGGAGUGCUUCGUGUGCAUGGCCAAGCAGUCCAUGUCGCGCGACGCGGCCGUGCUGCACCGCGUGGCGGGGCUCCUCCGGCGCUACCUGGCGUGCCGGCCCGCGCGGGCCACCGCGCUGCUGCACGCACACGCCGCCACACUGCAGUCGAUCCCCGCUCUGAGCUCCCUGAACGCGGCGGAGGUGUCGACGCCCGCGUCGGCCGCGCCGCCGCCGCACGCGCUGCUCGCCCUGCAACGACGCUCCGGGGACGAUGAAGACCUGCACUGGGUGCUACAGGAGCUGGAGGCGUGGGGCUCCCGACGCGGCGGCGCGUGGGGCGGCGCGGCGGGCGCGGCGGCGCUGCUGCGGGCCGCCGCGCCGCUGGCCGCCGCCGCCCACGCGCCCACUCGCGAGGCAGCGCUGGCGCUGCUGGCCAAGCUGCUGCCCGCCGUGCCCGACACCAGGCCCGGUCUACAAGCAAUCCUCGAAGGCCUGGACUCGACGCAGCCGGAAAUAGUACAGUCAGUCAUCGACAAGGUGCCAGAACUGAUCGUCGGCAUACAAGAAUACGCAACGAAGAUCUUGAUGAAAGUGUUCGAGUUGGGGGUGAAGUCUCGACACCCGGUCGAGCAGUGCAUCGCCAAGUGCGUCACCACUAUCAACCUGCACCGUGGUUGCUAGUGUUCAGUCAACAUUGACAUGUGGCAAUAUCUGACUUGCAGCAACCUGUUCAUAGUGCUGGAGGAGACCCGCAGGUCGCUAGGCGUUCCUGAUGAUAAGUGGAAGGUUUUAAGCAAGAGAUGGGAGCAUCUCACCAGGUAUAUAGCUCAGAAGUGCGCAGUUACUUCGCCCUACGCUGGGAGGACGGGGCAUUAGUAUGAAUAGAGCCAAUAGACAUUUAAUCAGCUUAAGUCAUUUGCUGUUUGCCACCGACUUUUAUUAUUAAUAUACCCUUCCAUAACUGGAUGUUAGUGACUCCAUACUGAAUACUGAGGGGGAUAAUACAGACCAUGAUAUCAAGUGGAAUUAAUUAAAACACAUAGUAACGGGUCCUUACCAGAACUAAAUGAAAUUCCAUUUCAAAUUCAAUUUUUUUUUUGAAAUGAUGGAAUUUCCUAUCAGAUUUUUUUUUGAAGAUUUUUUUAUUAUUUGCUGUUCCUUUACUUUUGCGUCCGAACAUUCCACUUGAUAUCAACUCGGAAUCAUGGACAGAAUAAUCUCUCAGUUUUCGUUACGGUGCCACUAAAACUGUAUACAAUUUACUCCUUGUAGGUACAGUUUAUUGGACUGAAUGGUUUUAUUUUUGUGAUUUAAAUCUAGUUAGUGUUAGAAAGAAACAAUAAUGAAUAAAAAACUGGAUAAUCAAUUGUUAUCUUUACGAAAGUGAAAUCAAUAAUUUAAGAAUACAUAAUUACUAUUCCGAUAAAUAUGUUGUAUCUACAAUACUAUGUUUCCCUUUUUAAAGCUUUUUCACUGAUGGAAUGUUUUGUUCCUAUCUCGAAUUCUCGAUAGUCUACCAAAACCUUGCUAAGGUUACCUCACUGGAUACAGUAUGUUUACUAUUAGAGGACUUGUAAAUAACUAUAGUGAAUAAGUUGUAACAUAAUAACAUGCCUUUAUCCCCAAUGGGGUAGGCAGAGAUGUUUAGUAUUUAAUUCACACCCUCACCAGUAAUAUGGUGUAAUGAAAUGUAAUAAAGUUUUGCAAUGCAA